CACUCCUACAGGGGGGAAAAAAAAAAGUGCAAAUGGGGCACUGGAUUUAAAAAAGUCGACGAGUUUGUGUCAUUAGGAGGCUUCCUCUGGUCAGCCACAGGAAAGAAUAAGGGUAGAUUGUAUUUAUCCGGCAUGCUCUUACUUCGCCGUCGCCUCCGUCAGUCACGCGUGUUUUGGUGCCUGAGCGUGGUGGCGGUCCUGGCGGUGGUGAACGUGAUGCAAGAUUCCCGUAGUGUGUACCUGGCGGGGCCGAUAACUUACAUCUCGAGCCCCUGGAGUGACGCCCUGGACCCAAAGAUUCCUAAACCACCCAUACACCCCAGAGUGCUGCGCCCCUCACUGCAGGACGACACGGAGGCCCCUUGGUGGACCCCUGACCGCCUGCAGCAGCUCCUGGACGUGCCCACCACCACCUGCCGCCGCAUGCUGAGCCUCGGGGGUGGGCUACGCUGCAGUGACUGCCACACUUGCCUCAGAGAUGGACAGAAAUUCACCUGCCUGGGACGAGGACGUCAGGCCGCGGCCGGGACACUGCCUCAUCUACUCGGUCGGGGUCGGGGGGGAGUUGUCUUGGGAUUACGCCAUGAAGAACUUCAACUGCUCCGUGUUGGCCUUCGACAUGACCAUGGUGAACUGGACCAACAUCCAGCUGGGGACGGGACUCCACUUCCUGGACCUCGGGCUGGCAGACUUCGACAGUGACAACACCAUCAACAUGACCGCCCGCGGACGGGCCAGGCCUGAAAUGGGAGGUGCGGGAGGCUCACUUCCGUACACUGGACACCAUACGGGAGGUGCUGGACCACACGCGACGCCCCCUCGACGUUCUCAAGCUGGACAUUGAGAACUGGGAGUGGAGUGUGCUGGGUGGCCUGCUCUCCUCCCCCUCCCGAGCCAAGGUCCUGGAUGACGUGAAGCAGAUCGCUCUGGAGAUCCACCUGGACGGCCUGAAGAACGCAUCAGCGGCUGAGCGGGUGACGGAGGCACGGCGCGUGGAGGAGGUGCUGACGGCCCUCCACAACCAUGGCUUCAAGUUGGCGCAAACGGAACUCAACACGGCGCAGCAGGAGUACGGCGAGGUGCGAGGCCGCGUGUUCCCGCUAUACAGGGAGUCACUCUUCCUCCGACGCCCUUGACGGUGGUGCCUCGAUUUGAGGUCACUCUAGCUGCGUCAAACCAAACUAAUCGACGCAAAUCCCUGUAGCUUUUGACCACCAAUGACAACAUUGCUCUUGUUAUUUUGAGUCAGCUUGUUUUAUUGAACGAAAAUAAAACUAUAGGCACUGAAAGAACAGCAUUAACCGAUUAUUUAUUUUGCUUUCUGCGGUAUGUGUCUAUACCAAAAACUAAACUUGUACCAGGCUGACCAUUUUGAUUGAUUAAGCUUGAAGGGAAAUUACAGAGGUCCGAGGAUCAGUGGAUGUGGAUGAAUGUGGAUGAAUGGUAUGAACAGAUAAUACAUACGCCACAGUAU